CCGGCAAAAUGGCGCCGUUCAUUGGUUGAUAGAUAGAGACAGAGUAGAUGAAGAUAGAGAUAGACUAGGAAAAAUAAACGUCAUAAAUCAUAACAAUAUAAUAAAUUAAUUAAAUUAUAAGUUGUGAUUUAAGUUUAGAGGCAGUGGGUGAUAAUAUUGCGUUUAUUUUUUUUUAAUAACGUUUUGAAAACCGUAUGGCAAGGAUGGCAGGACCUUCAAGCUCCCAAUCGCAAACGGAAACUGUUUUGGAAGGAGAUGUCAAUGACAGUGGACAGGACGUGCCGACAAUAAGUUUGUGUUUACGUAAACCGAGAUCAAACAAGAAAGUUCAAUGGACUUCUAGCACUGUAGAUAAUGAAAAUAUGAAUAAGAAAAAAUCAAAAUGCUGUUGUAUUUAUGAAAAACCUAAACAAUUUGGAGAAAGCAGUUCAGACGAAAGUGAUGACGAGUGUGAACAUUGCCAUGGUCGUAAAGAAACUCAUAAAAAAGUAUUGCCAGGAACUUCCGUUUCACCACAUGAUGAAUUACCACAACCAGAACCAAUAGCAGGAUCCACCUGAAAAGUUUGUUGAUACUAAUGAAAAUAAAAAAAAUUUUUAAGUAAAUAAAAUUAAUAAUAAAAAAUUUUAAAUGUAUAAAAAUUGAUUAAUAUUUACGUCUGUCUCGAUAUUUAUCAAUUCAAUUUGUAAACGUUUAAAUUAUUAAGUAUAAUAAUUAUACAGUAAUCAAACUUUUAAUAAUUGAAUCAAUAAUUCAUUUAUUAAAUCAAUUGAUCUAUAUUUAUAGUAAUUAUUAAUAAUACUCCAAGCGUAAUCAUUCAUCUGCCAAUUAUUUUUGAAUAUUACAUAUUUUAUUAGCCAUAUAUUGUUGUUAUAAGUGGCGAUUGUAAUAAUUCAUUUAUAAUUAUUUUUUUAAAAAUAGUAACAGUCAAGUGAACAGUUAAACCUUAAUGAUAUUAAUUAGGGGUAUAAGAAUCGAAUCGAUUUAAAUAUGACUUUUCGAAUCGAAUAAUUAAAAACUUUCCGAAUUAUUUGUAACUUCAAAUUACGUUAUUUGAAUUGCGAAAAUUAUGAUCAGCUUUCAAAAAUUUAAUUUUUAUUUAAUGCAGAUCUUAGUUUUUAAAAUGACCAAAAAUAAUUUUUUCAUAUUCGUAUCUGAACUUUGCCUCUGAAAAAUAUUUUAAUAAUUAAAAAAAAUAUUAUAAUUUUAAGUCUUUAAAAAAAAAUGGAAUAAUUCGAAAACUUAUGAAUUAUUCGAAAGUUCGAUUCGAUACGAAUAAUUCGUAAAUUCGAGGUAUUCGCACAUACCCUGAUAUUAAUAAUAGAUAUUAAUUUAAUAUAACAAUAGAUAUAAUAGUAUAACAACGAUAAUUACUUACAUGUUAAACAAUUCAACCGAUAAAAGUUCAAAGUUGAUUUUAUUUAUAUAUUUACUAUCUAUAAUCAUUCACCCUAAAAAUUAUUUCAUAUUUAUUACAUAAAUGUAUUAUUAAUUGUUACGAUCAAAAAUUGGCAUAUCUAGAGGCUAUUAAAUAUUUAUAACUUUUAUUGAGAUUCAUAUUUUUUAAAUAAAACAUUUAAAUUCGUGCUUACAUAUAUUAUUAUAAAAUUUCUCUUCACAUCGUUGUUACUUAUAAUAAUUAUAUUUAAUUAAACUAAAUUUAUUUAUUGAAUUUAUUUUUUUAAAAUUACACUCGAUAAUUUUUAACACCUCCGAUAAAUAUUUAAGGUAAGAGACUCAGUACCCGGUCAGGGAACUAGUACCCGAUCACUCAUGUAUUUGUAUACAUACAGAUGCUAAUAUUUACUAAAUAUAUCUAUACCAAUACAUGGAGUGAUCAAGUACUAAUUUCUUGAUCAGGUACUAGGUCCCUUUAUACAAAAUAUGAAAUAACAAGAUCACUUAAAAUUUAUAUCAAGUAGCAACGAUGAAACCGAACCUAUGGAUAAAGGCAUUAGUGAUCGAACACGUUUUAAUUUCAUUCAAUUAUUAGUUAUAAAUUAAUAAUACAGUAUUUAUUUAAAUAAAUGGCCCAUUUACUCUCGAACU